AUGGCUGCGCUCCGCUUCGACAUCCAGCGCGACGCCGACGACCUGGCGCGCCUUGAGUGGAAACUGCAUUAUAUCCGAAAUCGACAGGUUACUGUGCAUGUUGCCAGGAAGGCUUUGAAGGGGGGCGAGGGCCCUUUGCUUGUGGAUGAGUUGAUGGAGUGGGAGUGGAAGGGCCGCUGGGUGGGAGGGCCGAAGAAGUGCGAUUCUGGGGUAGUAGUGGAGGCGGUGGCAGAGGGUGGGCAGGGUCGGAAAGAGAAGGCAGAAGUUGGUGAAGUGGAGGAGGGAGGGGACGCGGGGCAAGAAUGA